AAACCGAUUGGAAUUUGAUCCUGUGUUGUGUGGUCUGCGAUGUCAAACGUCAACAUUGGUCAACAUGCCAUGUUGAACAUGGAGGAUGUUAUUUACUCGUAUGUGUCAUUCGAAGUGAAAUUUUCCCAGUGCAGUGCUAAAUGAUGGCCGAACGAAAUGAAAAAAUCUUAGCGGAACUGUUAAAGUAUCCGGGGAACAAUGUGUGUGCCGAUUGCGGUGCUCCAAAUCCAGAAUGGGCAUCAUACAACAUCGGAAUCUUCAUCUGCACUCGAUGUUCGGGCGUGCAUCGCGGCAUGGGCGUGCACAUCAGCAAGGUGAAGCAUUUGAAGCUCGACCGGUGGGAAGACUCGCAGGUUGAACGCAUGAAAGAGGUGGGCAACACGAAGGCGAAGCUCAAAUACGAGGAACGGGUCCACCCUUGUUACCGCCGACCAAAACCCGACGAUCCACAGGUAUUGCUGGAACAGUGGAUCAGGGCGAAAUACCAGAGGGAAGAGUUCUGCCAUCCGGAACGCCAAAUUUACACGAGCGGCCAACUUCAGGGUUAUCUGAUGAAACGGGGCAAAGAAGACAGCAAAUACCAGUCGAGGAAAUUCGUAUUAUCCGAAGCUGACGACACUUUGAAAUAUUACAUAAGAGAGAACAAGGAGCCCAAGGCGACCCUCCGCGUUUCCGAGAUAAACGUGGCGUUCGCGCCGGACAAAAUCGAACAUAGAGCUUCGUUGCAAAUCACAUUUCUUAAGGACGGAACGACCAGACACAUCUUCGUGUACCACGAUGAUCCGGAAAACAUCAUCAACUGGUACAUGGCGAUCAGAUGUGCCAAACUGCACAGACUGCAAGUGGCUUAUCCGUCAGCGGACGAGUGCGUGCUCGUCAAUUAUUUAACGGAGGAUUUCGCCAAAGAGGGUUGGUUGUGGAAGACAGGUCCACGAACCACCGACGGUUUCAAGAAGCGGUGGUUUACGUUGGACAAUCGGAAACUGAUGUACCACGACGAGCCACUCGAUGCCAACCCCAAGGGGGAGAUAUUUAUAGGACAUGCGCAAGACGGUUACGGCAUUCGGAUAGGCGUGCCGGCCGGCGUUAAGGAUCAGGGUUUCUCGUUCUCGCUGACGACACCCGAACGCACCUACAACCUGUCUGCGCAAACCGAAGCCGACCGAGACCAUUGGAUAGAGGUGAUCGAACGUGUCAUCGAAAAACCACUCUCGCCCCAAGACUCUGCCAUUUCGGUACGAUUAGUGAGGAAGAGAACGAAUACAAAUUCGAUAAAUAUAUUUUCGCAAAGGUAGUCGUAACAAACCUCGACAAACUCCAUUAUAGUUGUAUCAUCAUCACCAGCCUAGUCCUAGCCUAUUUAUUAUGCAAAUCCAUUUAAUCAUUUUGUCAUCGAACGAUUCUCCCCUAAUGUAUAAUCAUAAUAAUAAUAAUAGAGUCAAGCCCAAAUGAGAGUUGUCAGUGUAAAUAUAUAAUUAUCAAUAAUCCGCCGUUCUUGCCUAAAUAAGGUGGAUUUGUACCGCUCACACUACUAAAUGUAGAAUUAAGCGUUCUAUUUUUGCAAUAACUUGUGAUUUUAUAUAAGUUGACGGAACGUCGUUUCCUAGUUCACAUAUUUUAGAUUUUAUUUACACCUUUUUUCUUUCAUUUAUUUUUGGCUUCUAUAUUUUUGAUUCUUACUGUUAACUUUUAAAAUUGUGUUUUGGUAUUUGGCACUAAUUUUUCAUGUCUUUCAUCUGAGUAGAUAUUAUCAAAAAUUCAACAACUUUAAUUGUGAAUUUAAUUUAUGUCAUUUCUAUAUUUCCAGUACCAAAAAUGUGGUUACAAAUAAAUCAUCUAGUCAAAUGAAAUUGGACAAAACCGUUUCUACAAGUACAAAUCGAUUCAGAUCGAAAUUGUUUUUGAUAAUUUUUUCUCACCAUUAACUCUAUACUAUAUUUCCGCUAACGCUUUUGUAUAUACCUACUUUCCAAAACACAAUUUUAAAAUAGUAAUUAAGUCUGCUCUCUUAUUUUUUAAAAACAAUGAUCUCAAUUAUUCCACCUUCAAAUUUCUAAUCAGGUUAGAGUCAUAAUUUCGUUAGGAAUAAUCGAACGAUUUAUAAGAAAGCUGUUUUAUAAGAGGACGAAUUAUUUAAGA